AUGGCUGUAGAUAAAAUAGAGAACCUGUACUUUCUAGGAGCUAGGAAAUUCUGGGUACACAGCACAGGCCCACUAGGUUGCUUGCCUCUAAUACUAUCAAGAAGAAACUAUUCCGCCGGAGAUUUGGACCGCCAUGGAUGCUCAAGGGCCGUUAACCGAGCUGCAAAGGAAUUUAACGACCAACUAUCCCGCCUCUGCCGCCAGGCCCGCCGCCGGAUGAAGGGGGUCAAGGCGGUGGUAUAUGUGGAUGUGUUUGCAAUCAAAUAUGACCUCAUUGCCAAUUCCUCUAAGUACGGUUUCAAGGAGGACCCUAUGAGAGUGUGCUGCGGCUAUGGCGGUGGCCGCUACAACUUCAAUUCCACCUCCCAGUGUGGCAGCAAGGAGUUUCAAGUGUGUGACCGGGUGUCUCAAUAUGUGAAUUGGGAUGGGAUUCACUACACUGAAGCUGCUAACAAAUUUGUUGCGGCGAAAAUACUUUCAACUCUUUACUCCACGCCUCGCCUCGCAAUAGCUGACGUUUUCUUGCCUCAAAUACCAUCUACUGAAUCUGAAUUAGUGAGCUAAGUCCGUGCGGAUCUGCUAGCUGACCCUUGCUUCAGUUUCAUGUGACACAAUGUAAUUAACCAUCCCCUAAUUAAGACCCCUUACUAUUAUUGUAGUAUGAUGAUGUCAAAAUAAAUGGAAAGCUAUAUAUGCAAGAGGUCUCAAGAAUGUAUGCAUGCAUGAUGCCUUCUUCUCUCUCUUAGAGCAAUCUCACAUAAUUUUUUUUGUUGAU